AACUAAAAUUUUUCAUCAAUCAAGAUACCUUUUUAAACAAAAUUAAGUUGCACAAAAAUUACUCAAGAAAAAUCAAGAUAUAAAGAAAUGGCGACUGAGGACAAAACUACAACAUUAACAGAAGCACAAAAGGUGCGUAUAGAACGUAAUCGUGCUAAGGCUUUGGCUUUGAAACAAGCCAAAUUAGUUAGUCAUCCUUAUGCUCUGGCCAAGAAGGAUACUAAUGCUGGAGAAGGUACCACUUCCAUAAUUAAAGUACAAGGUACUAAAUAUAUAGACAGUGGUGGCGGUUUUCUUAUAGAACAACCUGUACAGGCUUCACAAAAUGCAAAUAGUGGCGAUCCAGCCGCUGGGGACAAUGGACCAAAUGUGGUACAUGAUACUAUUGCUAUACCAGUACAAUAUGAGGAAUGCCUAGAAUGCGGCGAUGCUUUUGUAGAUUCAUUUCUAUUCGAUAAUUUCCAACAUGCCGUCUGUGAUAAAUGUCGAGACGCUGAUGGUGAACAUUCAUUAAUUACACGCACCGAAGCCAAGGCAGAAUAUUUAUUAAAGGAUUGUGAUUUUGAUAAACGUGAUCCUCCUUUGCGUUAUAUUAGUCGCAAAAAUCCCCAUAACAUACGUUGGGGCGAAAUGAAACUCUAUUUACAUUUACAGGUACAAAAACGUGCCAUGGAAGUUUGGGGCAGCGAGGAAGAGUUAAUGCGUCAACAUGAAAAUCGUGUUGAAAAGAGGGAAGUGGGUAAAAUACGUAAAUACAAUAAGGAAAUGAAACAAUUGCGUAUGGAGGUGCGUAGUAGUUUGUAUACAAAGGAAACGAAAGCAUCUCAUGUCCAUCAGUAUGGCGAGGAUACCUACAAUGAGGAUGAUGAUACCUAUACACAUACUUGUACAACUUGUUCGUUUACGGAAACCUAUGAGAAAAUGUAAAACAAAAAUGUGAAACUGUGUUUUUUUUUUAAGAUUUUCUUUAAGUAUUUAAUAAAUUUAAAUUUUUCUGUGAAA